AUGGUUUUAUCGUCUGUAAAAUUCUAUGUUGGGCUUGGUCUUAUACUAUUCAUAUCAACGUUUGACUUUAUUGGUUUAUUAAUUGUUAUAAUAUCUACGAUAUUCUUCCUUAGCGGUUUUUCUUAUGUGCUUUAUUACCGUGGGCAACAAAAGUACUCGGAACUUAAAGAUGACUUCGCUUCCUUAACAGAUUUUCGAUAUCCGAAUGGUAUAUCACUACUAUUACAAAAUAAGAACAGAUUUAAUGAUAAAUCUGGUUAUGACCAAGUUCACUCAAUGACAGGAUCCGCUGCUAUGGAUUCAGAGCUUGAACAGAUUUUGAAUCUUGUUCUACGUGAUUACAUCGACUCAUGGUACAAACAGUUUUCGACCGACGAAUUAUUCAAAGAAAGUUUGAAAAGAACGACCAGACGAUCCAUUUCAGCUUUGUCUCAGAGUGUGAAAAGAGUAGACUGGAAUACGUUCUUCACUCGUCAUCUGAUUGAUGAUUUCGCAUCUCAUCUCCGGCUAUAUAGGAUGGCUACUGAAAAAGCCGAAAAAAAUAAGGAGAAGAGCCAAAGUGAUUUGUUGAGUUAUUUCUUCGACUUCGAACUGGAAAUGGAGAAAAGCAUCUGUCGUGAUUUAGUUUCCACAACUCCCCAUUAUGAGAACGCAUAUCUUCAUGAUUUGGUGGAUAUCAUUCUGUAUCUGGUAAUGCCUCCGGAGGAUUUCAGAUGUAGGCCAUUAAGGUUUUUACUCCGAGAGAUUAUAGUCCGUCAAAUUAUUAUGCCGUUACUGAACAAGUUCUCUGAUCCUGCGGAGAUGACAAAACUGAUUGUUUGGCUUUUCAGUGAAGUAAAUCCACGACCAGAAGAUUUUGUCCUAUGUCUCGAGAACAGUACUUCCAUGGAAGAAUUACAAGCAGUUUAUAACUGCGUUCUGAACGAAGAACUCGUGUUGAGAGGAAAAGAUUCCGGUGGAGAACAAGGAGAUUUUGUGAAACAACAAUUGGGAAGUUUGGAGCACGUAAAGUUUUUGAUCAAUAAAAAAAUGAGCAACUUCACCCUCGAACAAGGAGUAGAUGUGGUCGGUACACUGGAACCUGAAAAGCAGUUGAUAAAACUUCCUCUUCAUGUAGUUCUUACUAAUAAUGUUGCUGUUUCCUACUUCUUUGAUUUUCUACAAACUGUCGGAGGCCAAAAUUAUAUCGACUGCUAUUUGGCUAUUGAGGGAUUCAAAGUAUCAGUAGAGCAUCAAUUGCGUUCAUUAUCUAAUGGAGAAUCAGGAGAAGAUGAUGUUUAUGAGACUAUUAAAGAAGCUGCUCAGAGCAUGUAUCAUCAAUACUUGUCACAAGAAGCCAUAACUCGUGUACCUCUUGACGAAAGUUCCAUCAACAAGUUUCUCACUCGAUUGCGUCAUGCUGACCUGAUGGAUACCUGGUUUGAAAACAUCCAGGAUAAAAUUGUCGAAGUCCUUCGAAACGAUGAACAGUUCUAUCCUGCUUUCCAGCAAAACCCCUUGUACUCGAAAAUGUUGAUUGAGUUAGGAAUAAUGAGAGAUCAAGAAAGAUCAGAGACUCCUCUCUCUGAGCUCUCCGUUUGUUCUGAUGAGCCUGUCCCUAAAAGUCCUGUGAAGGAGGAAAAAAUGGAUUUCACUACACCGCCAAGUAUAACAACGAAAGCUGUAGUUGAAACACUGGGAAUUGGACAUGGAAAACAACCUUUCGCGGUUUAUAACGUAAGAGUCAGUAAGGAGGAAAAUGGAAAGAACACAUGUUCUUGGAAUGUCCAAAGACGCUAUAGUGAUUUCCAUAUGCUUCAUUCGUUCAUCGUCCAAAAAUAUCCAAAACUUUCUUCACUUUCUUUUCCCGGCAAAAAAACUUUCAACAACUUGGAUCCUCACUUUCUUGAAAAAAGAACAAAGGCUCUCAAUCAGUUCCUCGAAAGCAUCUUGCAACCAUCUUUGAUCCAAUCUUUUCCUGAGCUUGACCGAGUCAUCCAUGAUUUCCUUUGCCAACGAGAUUAUACUGGCUCGAAAGAAUCAAUCGGGCGAAAGAUGAUGUCUGUGUUCGAUCCUAUCAAAAACGGUGUGAAAGCUGUAGGAAAUACCGUGAUGGCCGUACCGGAACAGAUGUUUGAUGGAGUUUCUAAAAGUAUCAACAUAGCGAAAAGAACUAUGAUACCUACAGUCAUUCCAAAAACACCAGUCAUUGUUCCGGGUCGAGUUGCUGCAGCAAUAUCAGAUCAAGAUGACUCGGAAAAUAUCCCAUUGCGAGUUCUGAUUUUGUUUGUCGACGAAGUCUUCGGCGUUCGAGGCAGAAACGCAUGGUUCCGCCGUCAAAUGGUUACUAUGUUGAGACAAAUUGUAACUCCCUUCGGAACAACACUAAACAAGAAGAUUAUAAGUAUGGUUAAUUGGCUCACGAGUGAGCAACAGGUUACCCUGUAUAUCGUGGCUCUCAGAGAAAUCUUAUGGCCCGAUGGACAUUCUGCUCCACCUUCUGCUCCUAUAUGCCCUAGUUUUGCUUGUCGUUCAAAAGUUUUAGCGAAAAGUUUGAUGCUGUCAGCUUUACCGGACGAGCUGCGGAUAAUUCUCGGUGCCGACACUACAUACCAAGGUAUUAACACUAUCACCGAAGCUCUUCAGAACAAAGAUUUAAAUAGGAGACUGCUAUAUGUCAUAUUCGAACGUUUGCUGAUUGCAAUAUUCCCCGACAACAGGUUUGAGAGAAUAUUCGCUCAGCUUCAUAGUAAAAGUCCUCGAUCUCAAAGACCGUGA